AGCUUAAUAUAUUUUUUUUAUGUAGUCAUAGGAAGCCACCAGAGAGGAUGGAUUUAGAAAUGUCUCUCUUCAAAUCUCCCUGAAAUCUAUUGAUGUUUGCAGGUGUAAGAGGAUGGUGGUGGUGAUCUCUGAUGAAUACCUGGACAGCGACGCCUGCGACUUCCAGACCAAGUUUGCUCUCAGCCUUUGCCCUGGAGCUCGAGGGAAGCGUCUCAUCCCAGUGAAGUACAAGCCAAUGACGAGGCCGUUUCCCAGCAUCCUUCGCUUCCUCACGAUAUGCGAUUACACCCGGCCGCUCACGCAGGACUGGUUCUGGAAACGUCUCGCCAAAGCCCUCUCACAGCCAGCCAGUCAGUUAUAGUUAAAGGCGCCUUUUUUAUUAUUAAACAUCAUAUCGUUAAAGUACGUGCAAUUGCUUGUGUCACUUAUAAUUUACUCGGUCUAUUUGUGUUUCCUAUGAGGAUGAAAUGGUGAUUAUUAUGAAGCUGCAGAGGGAUACCACAUAUCAGCAAAGUUCUCACACAGUUAUGUUUCAGGAAUAUCAGGUUGCUGCCGCUGUUUUGUAUUUAUGUGAGGUAUAAUGUGAGGAGGAGGUGUUUGUAUUCAGAACAGCAUUUACCUAAUUCUCUGUAAAAGCUGUUUUUUUUUGUGCUUGCCACUUCCUGUUACGAGGCAACAUCUCGAUGAGAUUGUAUCUGAAGAGGAAGAGGAAGAGAUUUCAGAUUGUUCCACUAAAGUCUACUGACACCUACCUUUAUCUCUCUUUCUGUAUCAGUCAUCACAGUGUUUUUGCAUUUGAUACUUUUGUAUAUGCUAAGAUGUAAUGUAUUUGACUUUGAAAAUAAAUUGUAUGAGUAUUA